GCAAGGCGGGUUGUACGUGUAGUAUGUUGAUAUAAUGCUACAACCUGAACAUAAUGCUGCAACCUGAAUUAAUUGAACUGUUGGGGUCUGCAACACCAAAAAUUCUUGCAGAAAAGAUACCGGUGAUUGAAAAUAGGGAAUCUGAGUGGCAUGGUUUACAAAAAAAAGAAAGAGGGAAUGAAAAUGCUGUUUCACCUUUUGGCUUCAGACCUCAACGACUACGAUUUGCUGUAGAAGAUGAAUAUUUUGAGGAUGGCGACAUACACAGGCACAUGUACCUACAGGAUGUCGUGACGGCUAUUGCAGAUGAUGAACAUCCUCCGACUAUCUCUGAGUUCAGGUGUCACAUUGCGGGAUGCAGGCAGUUAUUUGACACUUUGGAAGGGUAUGAACACCACUACAAUUCAUUACAUCGAAAUGUGUGUUCCAACUGCAAGCGCUCAUUUCCAUCAAACCGACUGCUGGAGAUGCACAUCCUAGAGUGGCAUGACUCUCUCUUCCAGGUCAUGGCAGAGAAACAAUGCAUGUACGAGUGCUUGGUUGAGGGAUGUGGACUGAAAUUCAAAACAAGCAAAGAGAGGAAAGAUCAUCUUAUCAGAACACAUAGCUAUCCAGCGGACUUCAGAUUUGACAAAGCAAAGAAGAGCGGAAGAAUACAAGAAAAAAAGACCCAACAGCAGAAGGAUGCAAAUAUGGAGGUUUCUGAAACGGCAACUAUUCACCAAGAAAGCGAGUCGAUGGACUUGACACCAGAGCCAGAAAGCGUGAAGGCUGUAGAAACAGAACCAAUGCAGACAGCUAAUCUAAAGCCAAGAUAUUCAUACAAAGUUCCAUCAUCCAUUUGCUUCGGUCAAGGCUCAGUCAGAGGCUUCAGAGGAAGAAGAAAGAAGUAGGCCAAAGUUUUUAUUAAAUGCAAACAAUUUACCACGUUUGCUUGGUAAAGCAUUUGUUUGUCCAGAGCAGUAUUUUUCCAAUAAAACGUGUCAA